UCGGCCUCUUUGUUUGAAUCUCUGUUCUUCCUCCCUUCUCUUUCUUGAUUGGGGUUUUUCUUUACCCCUUUUUGUGUCUUUUUCAUUGCCAUUGUUCUUAGUUUUCCUUCACCUAAUGCUUUGAUUUUCAUGGUAUUUGUGUCAUCUUUUGGUGUGAGUUUUUGAUGGUGAAGGUUUUGGUUUUGGGGGUCCUUUUGUAUUUUGAGGUUUUUUGUUUCAUUGCCUUCAACUCUUUAACUUUUCGGAAGACCCACGAGAGGGUUAUACUAGUAGGAUGGUAAUGCCACUACCUUGUCCUUAUUCAUCCAUCACCACCAUCACUACCUUGGCUCAUCCUUGUGUCUCUACCUAAAUUUCAAUCCUUGUCUCAUUUGCAAAAGUCAUCUAUGAGGUCAUGUGCAUUGGGAUUAUUCAAGGUCAUGCCACCACAAAAGUUCUCAAGGAUGGUUGCUUAUGUCACACCUUGCAUUAGUUCAUCCUAAGUUCAUUGCUUUCUUCAUUUGUUUGGGUAAGAAUUGAGCCUAGCAUUUAGAGGGAAGGAUGAUUUGGUUGCAAGCAAUGACUAUCAGAUGUUGCAUAGCUCCUUUGUGAAGGAACAACUAUGUUACCGUGCUUGAAGGAUAUAUCUUGGGAACAUAAACCCAAAGGUGUAGUGGCAAGGCAAAGGCAAUCAUGCAAGCGGGAUGGUGCAAUGAUGUUGCUGCUAUGUGUCAUACAUGUGGUUCAACCGGUUAUGAGGAACUUCUCAGUUUCUGCAGUGGGUGCGGGAUUUCUGCUGAGCAUUCGUAAGCUAUCAUUUUCCAUUCUUUUGAUCAAAAUGCAACCUAUACAAGGGUAUUGUGGGCACCAAAAAUCAGAAAAUUGGAAAUGUGAACUGUGUGAACCCAGGGAUCCCAAGACACUCUCUUCCUGUCGGCCUAAAUUUUAUAGAUGCAAGAAGAGAACUGUUAAACAUAGAGAUAAAGGAACCUUUUGUACUUUAGAGAAGGUUCUACUUAAGAAGCCUUCUGUUGAUGAUACUGGCAUGGUGGCUGUCAAACCACCAGACAGGUGUCAUGUUUCAUCUGAACCUACCUGUCAGUUCAGAAUUGUAGAUACAUCAACAGAAGGAAACACUCUCAAAAUUGUGGAUGCAUCAAAUGUUGUGGGCUUCUCGUCAGAAAUCAAGGAGGAUAAAAAUUUUAGAAAGCCAAGGAGAAGAUUGGUCCUGUUUGAGGAGGAUGAAAUUGAUGAAGAUGAUUCACAAGUUUUAGCUAUUCCACCAACAGAUGAGAAUUACAGUGAAAAGGUGAAAAGCUUGCAAUCACCUUGUGAAAACAAUGAGAGUGCAAAUGUUGCAUUGGCAGAUAACCAUGAAUUUGAUGAACUGGAUAGAAGUGGGAGUGAUGAAGGCAAACAACCAAAGAAGCGUCGCAGAAGGUUGAUAUUGCCUGAUGAUGACCAAUUAGAGCAUGAACAGAUUGAUCGAUCUGUUCAAGAGAGAAACAUGGAGAUGCCUGGGUCAUUGGAAUUAAAAGAAACCUGCAAAAAUGAAUCGAGGUCUUGCCAUUUGGAAGAGAUUGAAACUUACGUGCCUGCUAUGCCCAUUAUCGAUCAUGUUUGGAGGGGAAACUUCAAUAUCUCUAAUGAUACUUUUGGUCCAUUAUCAGCACAUCUAUCAAACAAAGCAUGUAUGAGGGUAUGGGAUAGUGUCUCAUUGUUCCCUGGAGUUAUCCAGGCAGAGAAGCAUUCCAGACUGGAUAUUUGGCCAAAUAGUUUUAAGGUUUCACCUCCGAAUGAUCACAACAUCGCUCUAUACUUCUUUCCUCGCAGUGAAAGAGCUGAUCAAAUGCUCAAGCAACUACUAGACGAGUUUAUCAAGGAGGACAUUGCGUUAAAGGUCACAUUUGACAACUCAGAAUUGCUUGUCUUUACGUCUACCGUAUUACCAGAAGGUUUCCAACGAUUUCGGGGAAAGUUCUAUUUGUGGGGUGUAUUUAGAGGAAGAAAAGACUUGGUUCCAAGUAGAUUAAUCACCAAAGAGAUCGAAGAGGGUGAAAUCAUCGAUAACCUAAAAGGUGAAAUUUGCGAAGAGGUAACUCUUGGUAAUCAAAAUGAUGACAGAAACCUUGAUUCCUGUUUGAAAUUGUUUCCAUUACAACAAGAGAGCAUAGCCAUCACUGCAAGAACAAAGAUUGAUGUUAGUGUAAAUCUUGAACUUCAGCUUGGCUGCUCUGUUGUUAAUGGUGCUCAGUACUUCCCUCCCAAGCACAAAAGCCAAAUUCUUUUGUAGCUGAUCUUCCGUUAAUCAUUGUAGUUGAUCAAUGUGUUUUGCUCAACUACUUGGUCAACCUUCUGACCUAGUUUUGUUCCUUAUUCACUGCAUUGCCCAACGUUCUCUAGUGUAUGUAAAGGGUAUCUUCGCUUAUGAAUGAAGGUUGUUUGUAAAUGAUGCAAAAAUGAAAAUAUAAUUUCAGUUUUGUCAAAAAUAAAAUAAAAUAAAAUAUCGUAGGUGACAGAGGGCCUGACCAAGUUUGAAAAAAAUUUGUAGGCCUUUAGGUUGGGUUAUCUUAAUGAUAAAUGUGGAUAAGGCAUAAUUUCCAGUUAGGUUUUUAAUUUCUUCUCUAGCUGAAUGAAAGACUGAAGAGGAAGUUGAAAUGCUUAAUGUUGGGAGGGAAAUUGAGUUAUUAAUAAUUUUUUUAAAAAUAAGUUUUAAGUUAUUUAUUCUGAAAGCAA